GGAAAGUGGAAUCAGCUAACCAAUCAACGCGGAGACUGACCAUGUGAUUCUUAUUCAACGUAAACAAAAAGCUUGUUUUCGGCCGCUGGGCCUCAGUUGUCAUCGAGAGUUACGAGGAGAGGAAUUGUCUUCGCCCGGCUUGGAAUUUAGGAAAAUGAGGGCCAUCCUGGGCUUGUUGGUGGCAGCUGUUGCUGUUAAUGCCAGCAGCCAUUUCCUCUCAGACAAAUUUAUCAAGCAGCUCCAGAGUGAGGAUUCUACAUGGGAGGCUGGGAGGAACUUCAACAAGCACCUCUCCAUUAAGUACUUCCGACGACUCAUGGGUGUCCAUCCCGAUUCCAAAUUCCACAUGCCCAAGUACGAAGUUCACCAGAUUCCUGAGAACUUUGAAAUGCCCAAAGAGUUCGACUCCCGAGCUGCCUGGCCGAUGUGUCCCACAAUUGGUGAAAUCCGUGACCAGGGUUCCUGUGGAUCUUGCUGGGCAUUUGGAGCUGUAGAGGUGAUGAGUGACCGGCAGUGUAUCCACAGCAAGGGCAAGAGCAACUUCCACUAUUCUUCAGAAAAUCUUGUGUCCUGUUGCCACCUCUGUGGUUUUGGAUGUAACGGAGGUUUCCCCAGUGUUAGUCUGGUGUGGAUUCUUCUCAUUUCUUAAAAUGGUCAUUGUGAUUUCUUCAGUACUGUACUCAUAGUCUUUGCACUUCAUUCAAAUUCAUUGCCAUAUAUUGCAUUUUGUGUAGCUAAUGUACCAGUACCUCUGACAUACAAGUUUUGAAUAACUCUACCUUUUCUGUGUCUGUGAAGCAAGAUAUCAUGUGACGUUGAACAAAAGUUGAGAUGGUAUGUUGCUGAGCUGUGAUAAUGGGUCACAAAAUGUAAUAACGCUAACAAAAAAUGAAAUGAAACAUUCCAGGUUAUAUUAACAUUAGUUAAUAUUUUUUUCUGAUUUUAAUGUUUGUAAACUUGAGAUCAAUGUCUGAUGUUCUGAUAAUAAAUUUAGUUUUACAAUUUU